AACUUUAUAUAAACUUACUCAUCUCUCUCUCUCUCUCUCUCUCACUCUCAAUGGAAAGUAUAUACAACACAGAGUUUCCUAGCUACAUGUACGCCUCAUCCAUGGUCAACCGAAGAGUAUCCAAGCAAGUUCAUGACAACGUUCACGGAAACAUUUAUCUAGAUCCUCCUGCUUUGAAGUUCAUCGACACUGAACAGUUUCAAAGACUUCGUGACCUGAAGCAACUAGGAUCAAUGUUUGUUCGAUCCAGCCUAACAUACCUGGUUUAUCCAGGGGCAGUGCACACUAGAUUUGAGCAUUCAAUAGGGGUGUAUUGGCUGGCUGGUGAAACCAUCAACAGGAUCAAUAUUGACCAAGGCUUUGAACUUGAAAUUGACCAUUUUGAUAUACAGACUGUAAAACUUGCUGGGCUGCUACAUGAUGUGGGCCACGGACCCUUCAGCCACCUAUUUGAGAAAGAUUUUCUCCCCCAGGUCCUUCACAGCAACAAAUGGUCUCAUGAGGAAAUGUCUUUAAAGAUGAUUGACUAUAUUGUGGAUGAGCACAACAUCGAAAUUGAAUCUGAUGUAGUGAGGAGAGUGAAGGAGAUGAUUGUUGCAAGUUCUGAGGAUAAAUCAUCUAAAAGUUUGACAGAGAAAAGAUUCUUAUAUGACAUUGUUGCUAAUGGUCGAAAUGGAAUAGACGUUGACAAGUAUAAAUUCGAUUACAUUGUUCGAGACUCCCGAGCUUGUGGCUUGACCUGCAGUUUCCGAUUUGACAGACCCUUGGACACUAUGAGGGUCAUAGGUGAUGAGAUAUGUUAUCGCGCCAAGGAAUAUCUUACAAUACACAAGCUAUUCUCCUCCCGAGCUGACUUGCACAGAACAGUCUAUUCGCAUGCGAAAGUGAAGGCAAUAGACUUCAUGUUAGUUGAUGCCCUUGUGAAAGCAAAUAAUCACCUUGACAUCAAGUCCUGUAUUGAUGACCCAGCUGAAUACUGGAAGUUAGAUGAUUCAAUUGUGAAAUUCAUUGAGACUUCAAAAAGUGAAGAGCUCAAGGAGUCCAGAGAUCUAAUAAGGCGUAUCCGAAGAAGAGAUCUAUACCUGUUCUGCAAUGAAUUUACUGUCCCAAAGGAUCAACUGGAAUACUUUAAAGAUAUUACCCCGCAAGAUAUUAUCUGUUCACAGAAAUCUGGCGUUGUUUCACUAAAGGAAGAAGAUAUUGUGGUGAGCAAUAUAAAAAUUGACAUGACACGUGGGAGGAAAAAUCCUCUAGAAAGUAUCAAUUUUUUCAAGGACUAUGAGAGUGACGAAAAAUUCCCUAUACCAGAUGAAAAGAUCAGUCUUCUGCUGCCGGAGUGUUAUCAAGAUAAGAUAGUUAGGGUGUACUCCAAGAAGCCGGAACUGGUUGAAGUGGUUUCUGAUGCUUUUGAGAACUUUCAAGUGAAGAACUACGGAAUGAAAACUCAAGUACACGGCACUCCUCAAAAGAAGAGGCAGAGGAAGUAACUGAGCUGUGCACGCACGCAUACAUAAUUAGUUCCGUAAAUGGAUUUCUGAAUCUGUUUGGUUUCAUGAAUCGGUUUGGCAUGCACGAAUACAUGAUAAGCUUCGGAAAUAGCGAUCGCACAAAUAUAUAGCAUUAUAGCUUCUGCCGGUCAGUGAUCCUAGUAAAGCAUAAAGCAACAGGGCAAGAAGGAUCAAUAUCUGCUUACAGUAAAACUCUUUGAUAUGCUGUUGAUAUGUAUUGGGGUUUAGAAGAAAAUUUUAAUAUAUUAUGUCACAUUACAAAAGGAACCACUGCCUUAAGGAAAUACACCAUUAACUAGACUUGAAAUUAUUUUCUUGCAGACUGGUUUCGAAAUUUUUUCGUAAACCAGAAAAGUAUCUAGUGAAAUAUAUUUCAGAACAUAUUUGCUUAUUCUUUGA